CCUUUGCGGGUAAACAGACAUGGCCGGCGAGGGAGAUAACCAGGACGCUGCGCACAACAUGGGAAACCACCUGCCGCUUCUACCUGCAGACAGUGAAGAUGAAGAUGAUGAAAUUGAAAUGGAAGUUGAAGACCAGGAUAGUAAAGAAGCCAGAAAACCAAAUAUCAUAAACUUUGACACCAGUCUGCCAACCUCACAUACAUACCUGGGAGCUGAUAUGGAAGAGUUUCACGGGAGGACUUUGCACGACGACGACAGCUGUCAGGUGAUUCCAGUCCUUCCUGAGGUGAUGAUGAUCCUGAUUCCUGGGCAGACCUUACCACUACAGCUUUCUCACCCGCAAGAAGUCAGUAUGGUGCGGAACUUAAUCCAGAAAGACAGAACCUUUGCGGUUCUUGCAUACAGUAAUGUUCAAGAAAGGGAAGCACAGUUUGGAACGACAGCGGAGAUCUAUGCCUACCGAGAGGAGCAGGAGUUUGGAAUUGAAGUAGUGAAAGUGAAAGCGAUCGGACGGCAGAGGUUCAAGGUCCUUGAGCUUCGAACCCAGUCAGACGGAAUCCAGCAAGCUAAAGUGCAAAUUUUGCCAGAGUGUGUGUUGCCGUCAACCAUGUCUGCAGUUCAGUUAGAAUCACUCAAUAAGUGCCAGAUAUUUCCUUCAAAACCCAUCUCUUGGGAAGACCAGUAUUCAUGUAAAUGGUGGCAGAAAUACCAGAAGAGAAAGUUUCACUGUGCCAAUCUGACAUCAUGGCCUCGCUGGCUGUAUUCAUUAUAUGACGCUGAAACAUUAAUGGAUAGAAUUAAGAAACAGCUACGUGAAUGGGAUGAAAAUCUCAAAGAUGACUCUCUUCCUGCAAAUCCAAUAGAUUUUUCCUACAGAGUAGCUGCUUGUCUUCCUAUUGAUGAUGUAUUGAGAAUUCAGCUUCUUAAAAUUGGCAGUGCUAUUCAACGGCUUCGCUGUGAGUUAGACAUCAUGAGCAAAUGUACUUCACUUUGCUGUAAACAAUGUCAAGAAACAGAAAUAACAACAAAGAAUGAAAUAUUUAGUUUAUCCUUAUGUGGUCCAAUGGCAGCAUAUGUGAACCCUCAUGGAUAUGUGCAUGAAACACUGACUGUGUAUAAAGCUUCCAACCUGAAUCUGAUAGGCCGGCCUUCUACAGUGCACAGCUGGUUUCCCGGGUAUGCAUGGACCAUAGCCCAGUGCAAGAUUUGUGCAAGCCAUAUUGGAUGGAAAUUUACAGCCACAAAAAAAGACAUGUCACCUCAAAAAUUUUGGGGCUUAACUCGCUCUGCUCUGUUACCCACAAUUCCAGAGACUGAAGAUGAAAUAAGUCCAGACAAAGUAAUACUUUGUUUAUAAGUGCACCUGUAGGAGUGACUUCCUGACAGAUACUAUCUCAUGUCAGACCUGCUCAGACAUCACUGCCUCUGAUAUGUGUAUAGUGGGUUACAGCAUUUGGCUACCAAGUUCAAGAGCAACUUAUUUAGGGAAUGAGAAACAAGGAUAGGACACAAGGCUGGUUUCACAAGUAUUUGCUUUUAGUAGCUUGGUGCCAUUAAUGAUCCUGUUGAAUCUAUGUCGUGAAAACACAGUUGAAAUAAUGGCUUUGGAACAGGCUAGGUCACCACAGCUCUAAAUGGAAAAUAUUCCAGAAGCUGGGAUGGUAAGCACAAGGCAGAGGCAAGGCAGUGUAAUUUUAAAAGGACUUUACUCCUUUCAGUUUUCUUUAGCUUGUCUGAGAUACUGAUUUGUAAAUUUUGAAAAUAUUAAAGAGUAAAAUAAGCAGUUUGAGCAGAAAUAAUAGCAUUUGGUGUAUUUGCACUAUUUAUUUGAUGAGCCUGUGAUGUGCUAGAUCCCUUUAAUGUAUAUGUCCAUUUUGCAUUUCAUUUGCAAAUGAAAGUGAACAGUAUAUAUUUCUAGGAAUAUAGCAUUUAGGAAAUAAAGUUAAAGCAACUGAAGGGCAUCUUUACAUAAACCCGGCCAACUACACUAAUACCUAUAUCCAAAUCUAUUCUAUUUAGUUGAAUUAUGUCAAAGUAAUCAAGUAAAAAACUUUAAAGUGUAAGUACAGUAAUAAAAUGUAACUCAAGAAUA